AUGUCAAGUGAAGUAGACGGAAAAAGCAAGAAAUCAUAUCAAUGGAACACCGGCUUAUUCACCACCGAAGCUACCAUUGGUGCCACUUCCAGAGGACAGUCCCAGGAGAGCUCCACCACCGCUUAGACCUGUUCCCAGACCACCGCCUCUGAGGCCGAUUCCACCGCCUCGCAGGCUAACACCACCGCCCUUAGGCCAACACCACCGCGAUAUGUACGACCUCCCACCGCCCCACCCAUCAGGAGACCAACAAUUCCACCUCCCAAGCCCACCGCAAGAGUAUACAUCACAAAGAAACCUACCAUAAGAAACCCAAAACCACCAGUUACCCGAAGACCUGUAGUUCAAACUACUCGAAGAUUCCUGAUUUGGUCACGGAAUCCUACAAGAUUAUUACCAACUAGACCAAAUAUAAGACCAACCUUAUGGACCAGGCCACCAGUGCGUCCUCCGUUGCCAACUGUUCGUCCAACACGACCAAGAGUGGGUCCCACUUUAUGGACAAGACCUCCUGUAAGAGUCACAGCGCGGCCCACCGUUCAACCUACGAUUAGACCCACCAUAAGACGCACACUAUGGACCCGACCACCAAUAUCAAAUCGACCCACAAUUCCUACACAAAGACCCACUAAUCGACCAACUUUAUGGACUCGGCCACCUGUAAGACCUUCAGUUCCCACAAACCCUACAAGAAGACCCACCUUGUGGACAAGACGCCCCAUAGGAUCCACUUUUUCCACAAGACCUCCAGUUGGAACAACAAAUCCCCGUUCGACUUUAUGGACCAGGCCUCAAGUUAGACCCACUAGGCGUUUAACGUUUAUUUUUAACGAUUCUACGCCAACACGAUCAAUUCGCACCACUAUACCUCCAAGACCGGACAUUACUAGAUCCACAAGAAGCUUAAUAUUUGUGUUUCCAAAGGAUACUACUUCAUUAGCUCGUCGUCCCAAUUGGACUGUUCAUCCCACGGAUAGACCGUCAAGAGGAUUUUUAGUUACCACUAUGAGAGCCUGAAAAAUAAAGGUACUAAAAUAAAACAUGAAAAAUGAACUCCAAUAGCACGCUGUCCCAAUUGGACAGUUCAUUCAACACAGAACGACAAGGGGAUUUACCACAGUGAGAGCCUGAAAAAAUAAUGUAACAUUUAAACCUUUUUGAUAACGACUGGUCUAAAAAAAUAAUCUCUGCAUUCAUGCGAUAUUAAAUUCUAUAUAACUUAAUC